AUGCACUCCUUAUGCUGCCCCUCUGCCAGAGCACAGACACUGAAGGUGUUAUGUGUUCGGAUGUGCGUGUUCUACACGGUCCUGUGUCUGACAGGCUGGCCGCUCUCCUCAGAGGCAGCCAGACUCCGCUGUGGAUCUGAUCUCCUCAGUGACCUCAUAUUUGUGUGUGGGGAUCGUGGAAUCUAUUUAGGUAAAGGUACAUGGUCCGGUUACGGUGCUCGGCCCAGAGGGAAGGGGAUAGUGGACCAGUGCUGUCGGCCAUCAGGCUGUGAGCUUCAGCAUCUGGAGAUGUAUUGCGCUAAACCAAAAAGCCAGCAGCACACCACAGCUUCCCCAGCCACUACCACAGCAUCUCAUAUCACCACACAGCUAGCCACGGCACAGCAGUUCCAAGCAGUACUUCAUAAGAGGCUUCUGGAGCACCUGGGGCCUCCCGACAGUCCAAAGAGGGAGGCUUAUAGAAAGAAAACACAAUCUUCACGUCGACAGAAAAGCAAAGUUUUAUCAUCACGCAGGAAGACGAACAAACAGAACACAACUAGCAGACCCCUAUCAGCCUCUAGGAGUCCCCUUCAAAGAGUGAUGAGCUUUGAAUCAUGACCUUUGACCUCAUGAAAAGCUGAAUAUUUAUAGUUACUGGAUUGGACCCAGCGAGUUUGAAACUCUAAUGCUGCGAAGAAAUUCUCUGCUAAGUAGGGAUCACAGUAGUCAGACAUCACAAACAGAUUUGGAGACAAGCAAAGAUUUGCCAUGGGCCCCCAAUUGGCUGCCAUGUUGGAGGUUGUCAGCUCCUGGAGUCUGGGCUAGCCACUGUCACACUAGCCUUUGGAACUCAAUGGAAUCUCUGACUUAGCCUUUCUUCCAUCUGUAUUUCUGGAACAAAGUGUCAUUACAUGUAUAAUUAAUAUAAUUAUAUUGCGUGUUGUUCUCCCUUAUCCAUUCGUCCAUACAAACUCUGAGUGUUUUUAGCUUUAAAUGUGCGCACUACUGUGACAGCCAUGUCUAGACAAGAAAGGUUGACAAGUCCAUUCUGACCAUGAUGGUGUUGGGCUUGUGGGAAAUGGUGUUUGUAAAGGCUGGUAAAUGUUAAACAAACAAUAACAUUACAUUGUUUACCAUUGUUGUCUACACUGUAAAACAUAUCUGUAGAUUUUACGGUGGAAAAACUGUCAAACCACCACAGUAAAAGACUAAACUCCAACUCUAACUUUCGGUAAGAAAUACAGUUUCUGCAACAGUAAAACACUCAUAUCUCAUGGUAAAACCUUUAUUUAUAUGGUAUUUUAAAGGAAUUUAUAUGGAAUUAAGUAGUUUAUAUUACAGACUGUAAAGUGCACAAAAAACAUAUCGUGCCAAGUUUUUACCGUAACAUUUUUUACAGUGUAGACAAAUGGAGUGUACCACAUGACGUGUGAUUUUUAGCAAUUUGCCUUAUUACAAAUGCAACCAUGUGUGUGAGGUUUUCCUACUUCUGGAACUGAAUGUGGUACUGCCAUUGUGGGUAGCAGAUCUUCUCGGCCUGGCAGCCUGGCACAGUGGGUUCGAGCACACAAUCAAAGAUCAAAAGGAAACAAGAUGCCUCACUUAUUCGUGUUAUGAUGCAUUAUUUAUUUAUAUUUUUUUAAUGUAAAAAAUCCUUACUUAGUAUUAUCAUGUGAUAAUGUGUUACAUCACCUGCAAAUGCCGGCCCCCAAGCAGAUCCAGCAGGCUGAGCACAUCUGGUACCUACCCCUGUUCCACUGCAGCAACCCAUUAACCAGAGGCUUCUGAUAAUGUGAACUUUUAAGACCCUAGUGAGGUUUUGGUACUAGGUUGUGUUUCCAUUGUAUUUAACUAAAGCAGUAAUAAUUAUUUAUUUUAUUGUUCAUUUUAUCACCUUGUAAGGUUGUUGUGAUGAAUAUGUUAGCAAAGAGUGACUUAUAUACAUAUUUAGCAGUUAUGUAGCAACAUUAGUAUUCAUUUGAAGUGGUGUUUGGGUCCACUUGACAAAUAUAGCUCCGAUAUUCUUUUAAAAUCUCUGUUUUAGCUCUGUUCUGGGCAGGUAGUAUAUAAUGGGUUUUUACAUGUCAUUAUGUUACGUUCCAGCUGUGGAAACGAGCUUUAUGGAUCAGAUUAGUUGAUAACAUGUCUAUUUAUAUGCUUUAUGUCUUUGCUAAUUUUGACAGAGAGCUAGUCAUGACAUCACUGAGAUACUAACUUGUUAGCCACUGUAGUCUGAUAUCACACUAAAAUGGUCAUAUCUAUAUGUGACACACCUGCAAAGUUUGUGUAGUUUGGAAUAUAAUACACUGCAUCUGUUCACAUGCAUUUUUUACUUUUUAUUGCACUUUUAACUGAAUGAUUGUACAUAGACUUACUGUGUGUUUAAAGACAUUUGCAGGGCAGAAUGUAGGCUACUGAAGAAGUUUGUGUGAAUGAGUCUUAUU